AUGAACAACGGUCACCAUAAGGAAGCCGUUGUAAGGUUAAAAAAAGAAUUUAUAUAUUCUUGUAAUAUUUGUUCUAGAGCGUAUCUCAAGAAGUAUGACUAUUUUAGACAUAUAUUCAGUCAUGUUAAUUAUUGUUAUGUUAAGUUAGAGAAGAAACAAAUAUAUAAGUGUAAAUACUGUAGUGCUGGGUAUUAUUCUAGGGAUGAUAGAAAUUUACAUCUUUUGCACCAUGUUGUGGAAAAAGUUAAAAAAAAACGAAUGAAAAUAGCAGCUGAUCGUAAACAUUAUGGAACUAAUCACAUAGCUAGGAGUUUAAAAUGCGCUAAAUGUAGUAGAGAAUUUGUCCACGAGGAUACUUUGAAAGAGCAUUCUAAGUUACAUGAACCAUUUCCAUAUAUCUGUUUUUGUGGAAUUGGUUAUUUGAGAGAAGCUGAUUUCAAAGGGCACCAAAAGGUUGUUCAUAACACUAUUUACAAACCGGAAACUAAAUCAGCUAAAACUGAUAGUAAUACCUGUAAUGAAAAUAAAGAAAAUCAAUCAAAAGUCAUAUAUAAAGAUGAUUCAGAAGAGGAAUUCUAUGAAGAUUAUAAAACCAAUAUGUUGUGCCAAGAUGAAAAAAAACCUUCAGAAAAAAGAAAAGUAAAAUUGAAAAGACAAAAGAUGAAAAUGAAAUUAAAAACAGAAAAGCCAAAUGUAAAGUUAAAAGUGCAAUGUCCUAUUUGUGAUGCUGUACUUUUAAAAUAUAAUCUAAAGUUACAUUUGGAUAUUCACUCUGAUGUGAAGCAAUACAAGUGUACUUUGUGUGACAAAGAAUUUGCCCAAGCUGUAGGCCUGUACAACCACAUGAGAUCAGUUCACAUGGAAAAAUCUGAUCAGAACAAAUGUAACGUCUGCAAUAAGGUAUUCAGUACAAAACAUAAUAUGAUGGCGCACCAACGACUGCACACUGGUGAAAAGCCAUAUGUAUGCAAAUUUUGUAAUAAACCUUUUGCUGACCGAUCCGCACUGAUAAGGCAUGAACGAAUACAUACCAAAGAGUAUCGAUACUUCUGUGAAAUUUGCAGUAAGGGCUUUACAGAUAAGAGUGGGCUGAUAGGGCACGCUAAACGUCACAGUGAGAAGAGUAUGAAAUGUGAAAUCUGUGGUUCAAAAUUUUACCAGAAGAGUGCCUUACUCAAUCACCUUUACUGUGUGCACAGUCAUCUGACACCUUGGGAAUGUCACGACUGCGGCAAAAAAUUCAAAUUAAAGAUGUACCUAAGUAGCCAUAUAUCAAAUAAGCAUUUAAAGACAAAGAAGAAUUAUAAGAAAGUAAGGAAAUGA